AUGACUGCGGGGGUGUGUGUGUGCGUGCUGCUGCUGGUUCUGUGUACAAGCUGCCUCGGACUGCCUCUCUCCUCCCAGCCUGCCGCCGGUGAGGACCGCCGGGGGGGCGCGGACCGCCGCGUGCCCGCCUCCGCCUCCUCUGAAGCUCUCCCUGACACCGACACCUCCUUGUCCGAGCCCCACGUACGCCACAGGCGGUCUGCCCCACAGAUGAACGCGGCCCCCCUGUCGCAGGAGGAGGGAAACCCCCGAGCCAACCUCAGCGAAAUGCUGGCUAGGUUAAUCUCCACCAGGAAAGACUCGGUGCGGAGGGACAUGGCUGUGAGCAACCGGUCCAGUGGCGGGAUGAGCGCGGGCCACCGGAUAAAGGACCGGGAUUACCUGGGCUGGAUGGACUUCGGGCGCCGCAGCGCAGAGGAAUACGAGUAUUCCUCCUAA